CAGGCUGCAAAUGAACAUUAUUGUUAAUGGCCAACCUUCCUGAUGUUCUCGUUUAUGGGAUUUCUGUGGUUGGUCCUUUCUCUUAUUCUCUCCCUCAUUUCGGGCUUCAGUCUCAUGUCACCAGCCUGGUUUACACAUGGUGAUGUUUCAUUUGGCGUCUUUGUCCAGUGUCGUGGACCAGUCAAUGCUCCAUGCAACCAGACAUGCAUUGUUUACAGGACCUUGGAAGAAAUUCCUGAUCUAUUCUCAAAGGUAUCCAUCCAGAUGAAUCGGUGCACACAUAGAAAUGUUUUAAACUGUAUUAGCACGUGUUCCAUUAUACAUGCCCUGCAAAGUAUUUUUGGGAGAAAUAACUGGAUCAGAUAACUGUAAGCAGUAGUAGCCUUAAACACAGUGUGGCUUAUGGUGUGAUGAGAUCUUAUUCAUUUUAUGAGAUUUGUGAUUUAAAAUUUCCUUGAACAAUGUUUAAAUGUUUGUUUUUUGUCAAUCUGAGCAUUGUUUAAAUAUUUCACGUGUACCCCGAUUUCUAUUUGUGCAUGUUUAUAAACUUUGGUUAUUUCAGAACCAUUACCAUAAAAUAACGGAUGGCUAUGCUGUGUUCCCAAGUAUAUAUAUAAAAGAACUUAAAUGGGUUCAGGCUUUAAAAAAAAAAAAAAAAAUUAUAAUGACUGCCCAAGCACAUAAUCUGCCAUUAAGAAAUGAAUAUGACACAGUUAUGUUUCUUAGAUUACAGCCAUUAUACUUUUUGCUGGUUGGCUGAUACUGAGUUUUGGAGCUUUGUUGGUUUUGUCGUGGACCAUCAUACCUGCAGGACUAUGCCAAAGGAGGUUGUGCACCCCAGCAAGAUAUGCCCAGACUGCAGCAGGUACAGACUUUGCUUAAUGCUGUUAUGUACUUAUGAUAAAUGUGAGAAAAUCUAUUGACAGGAAGAUAUUUGAGAAAGCAGUGAGGAAUAGACUCAAAAAAUGUUUUACCUGCUUGUGGAAAAUCCACUAUAUUCUAUGUUUUUGCUUCUCAUAAAUAGUUUGUUUUAAUAAAAUAACUAUUAUUGCUCAAACCUUCAUUGUACAUGGUCUCAGCAGGGUUUCAGUUGGAUAAAACUAUCAUUAAGACUAAAAUCUGUGAUACGUGAUUAAACAACAUGUCGAAACGCUGUAGUAGUGCUGACCUUGACUAUGUUUUAGUAAAAUAAUUAUUUUUAUUUGCAUCCGUAUCACUGGCUCAUCCUUAUUAUUUUAGUGGUCAGAGUAGUCUCAUUCAAACAUUCAAUUCAUCUCUUUGAGGAGAUGCUGAUUGGCCAGGGCGGUGUUUGAAUCAUGCUGGCUCUGCCCCUGAUCUGCCUCCUUGUCAGCCUCAGCCAAUCCUAUGGGGAAGCAUUGUGAUUGGAUCAGGCUACCACUUCUGAUGAUGUCAGCAGACAACUUGUUUUUCUGAGGCAAACAGCAUGUAGGCUUCAGCUUCAGGCUUGAAUACAGUAAGAUUUUGCUAUAUUUAUGGAGGCAUGAAGGGCUCAGGGGGGCUAGAUGGUGGUUUUAACACUAUAAGGUCAGGAAUACAUGUUUGUCUUCCUGACCCUAUAGUGAUCCUUUAAGGGUUUAAAAGUUGUGGCAAAUGGAGAUAUAUAUAAAAAAAAGCACAAAUAGAGUGAUUUUAUCAACUGGAUGACUAAGUCCUUUUUCUUUUUCUGCUUUAUAGUUGUUGUCACCAUCCUAGGGUUGCUGAUCUUCCCAUUCAGUCUCGGUUCUCCAUUUGCUAAACAGAUCUGCAUCUCAUCCUUUAUUUACAUGAGUGGAAAGUGUUUCCUCGGUUGGGGUUAUAUGAUGGCUAUCAUUACGGUGCUGCUCUCCUGCUUCCUUCCCAUCAUUGGACGGUACAAUCUAAAUGAGAUCAAGAUACUGAGGUCAAAGAUUACAAGGAGUAUGGUGUGAACGUGACAGUAUAUUGCGAAUCGAUUAACGUUCCGGCAGCAUAUGGAUACAGGAUAUUAUUGUCACAUCAACCAUGUGUAACUCAACAUACAGCCUUAUCAAAUUCCAUCAAUGGGUGGGUUAUUUUAUGGGCAUGGAUCUUUCAUCAAUAAGUACUUUACAUUGAAAUGUAGAACCUGCGGACAGAUUGAAUGGGUGUGAUGAAUUUCAUAGUAACAUAUUUCUUGCCAUUCACUAGUAAUUUAAUUUUAAUGUAACGGAAAACUACAAAUACAGAAAAGCAUUUUCCCCAAGAAUUGUUCUGUUCCCAAAUAAAUAGCUCAAAGAACAUAAGCAUCAAGGGGAAAUACUUAGCAGUCACUGUCCCGUACUUGAAUGGAGUCUAAUCUUUGUUGUUAAAUGCCUAUCAAAGAGUUGUCUUGGAAUUUACUGACGUACCAUUUUAACUACAAAGUGACUUCUCAAACCAGUAAUUAGGCAAGGUGCAAAAUAAUGCCUUCCAUCAUCCUUGAUGUGCAGUCUAAUAUUUAAUGAACUACAGUCCAUAAAGCCCCACUUAGCCUUCUUUAUACUCCAGAAAGAAUUUUCACUCAGGAGAAAAACAAAUGUAUCUGCCAGGGCUCCAUUUAAUUCCCUGUCUUCACACAGUAACGAAACGUCAAAGAAGAAAACAUUGCUGCAUUCUAACAGCAUACUUACCAACUUUCCAAAUGCCUAAAGAAAGUACAUUUCAAAGUGCAUCUGUCUUUUUUUUUUUGCAUGCUUUGGAAAGGAACCCCCAAAAUUAACUGAGGGGUGCCGAUUUAAAUGGCCAAAGGGUGCAAUGGAAAGCCCGUUUUACCUACCUUAAGCAUGCAGCUGCCUCCAUCUUCCACUUGGUCUUCUUUAGCUACUGGCUUCCUUUGCCUGGAGCUGCAUCAGUGAUCUACAGUCGUGCAUGCGCAAAAGUACAACACUGAGAUCCCACAAAAGCCUACAUAGAUGAUGUCUUGAUGAGCAAUAUCAUGAAUGAAUCCCAUGACCGAUACUUGUGAUGACAGCUGGGACUGGACAAAAGUUGACAGUGGAGUUAGUCCAUAAUUAAUCUUAUUGUAUCUUUGGUGCUUUGUUGGAAUUUAAGAACAAUUCUAACACAGUCAGCAUCAGUAUUUCAUAAUGAAUAUAUCUUUAUGAAAUGCUGAAAAAGUAGAGAGCCACUUUAAUUUUAAGGGGUUGUUUGGAGGUGUGGCCAUGGUCUGGGCUAGUAGGGAACAUUUUAGGUGAGUUUUGUAAUCUACCUCUGAAAGCACCCUAAUGCAAUUUUAAGAGACUAAGCCUGUCACUUUAUGUCAAUAUUUAGGUAAUUUUGUGAACUACCUCUGAAAGCUCCUUCAUUAAUUUUAAGAGAGAACGCCUGUGCAACGACUGCAGACAGGCAUGUAAAAACAUAGGGCUAUAACACAAAGUAACUUGAUCAGCAAUUCCAGUCAGGAUAUACUAUGACUCAACACACAGUGUUUAAGUAAAACUAUAUAUAAACGCUUAGAAAUAUACGUAUUACCAGGCCUGUGUGCAAAUAUAAAAUAGUCAGAGACAAGCCAAGGUUGGGAUUCAGGAAGAGACAGAAGCGAGUAGACAGGCUAAUAGCUCAAGGAUGCCAGAAAUAAAGAAGUCAAUAACAACUGGUUCAUAAAUGCCGAAUAGAAAUACAAGAUAAAUGCACUCUCUGAUUACCAGUAAGUGGAAACCAUGACAGGGCACUGAUAAAAACCUAAAACUUAUUUAAAUAGCCCUAAAAUGGCAGGGAUUAGCUAGAAUUGACCUUGUGAUUUUAAAAAGUAUGUCCGUGUCAAUGAAGCGAUGACGCAUGCACAUUUGUGUCAAUCAUGUCAGCUGAGGAGGUGGAGCUAUAAACAUGCUCCAUCAGGAGAUGGCCAUAGAAUGUCACAUCGACACCCAACUCCAUAGUAGGUGGACCGGAUCUGCCACAUCUGCAAGGUAGGGUGCCUUCUGUGGUUGUAGUUGGACUGAUUGGAAACAGUCAUGUGAUUUCGCCUCUUUGAUGUCUACAUGAAUAAACACAGCUGACAAUGCACCACGUGGGUUUCUUGGAUGUGCUCACACUACUGUAAAUGAGAGAUACACUGUAUAUCCAUUUCACUUAAUUGAAUUGGUUAUAAUGCCAAUAAUGCCUGGUGCUGCCUCUCCGUUCAACGUUUAACUAUUUCUGAGCAGCCUAACACUAAAUAUGGGUCCAAGGCCUCUCCACUGGAGGUAUGGCUAAAGCAGAGAUUACACAAUUGCUUCUAGCCAUACCAAUUCAUACCAGUAGUAGGUGUUGUGAAAGGCUGAAGGAGUCAGCUUACACUCUCAGGCAAUCAUAGUCACCCAAUGCUGCUCAGGAUAAUGCUUCCACAGUAGCCCAAGCAGCAUUAAACUAUUGAAAAUGGUUUAACACUGAAUGAAGGACAGUGCCAUGGGAGUCCAGGCACUAUACCCACUUCAAUUAGAAGAAGCUAUUCCAGUGCAUAAAUUUCCCUUUAAUGGGAGUACCAAGUCUGGCUAAGUGGUUUAAGCUAUUUCCUGGUCUGUUAAUAAAUUAUUACAAAAAAUGCAAACCAUUUGUUAACAAAGGUAGGUAUUUCAAACUGGAGUAUCACUUUUAUUUACUUUAAUGCAUUAUCUAUUUGAUGCAGUAAAAAUGUGAGUAAUAUCUAUCCCUUGUAAAUAUUGUUGAGAGAUGGAAGAGUUGCAUGGAUUCAUUUCUUGAGCACUGACUGUGGAUGCAUGGCAAUGUUUAAUACCCAACUGUACUGGUUGUAUUGAAAGAAACUAUAGCUCUAGUAUCGUUUCUCUUGUGUGAGUAAUACAGGUUUAUUCACUAAUGAGAGAAUUGCUGAGAAUAGUGAAUUAAUCUCCAAAUUAGAAAUAAUCCAAGUCCAGAUUUCAUUUCUACUAUUCUUGCCUAAUGUUUGAAAUUCACUUUCAAUUCCCAACAAUUCUCACUUUAGUAAAUAAUCCUGUUUGAUCAAUGCACUGUAGUUAGUAAGAUAUGAUAUCCUGCCAUCCAUUCAAACAACUAGCAAUAUCAUAAACAUGUUUUUUAAAAAUGGUCAAAUAUUACAGCAAAUUAAAGUGUUUUAUAAAUUGAUGAUGUAACUGUAUGUAGACAUUAUGCUGAAAUACAGAGAUUUUUACAAUCUGCCAUUUCUUAUAAAGCUGUAUUUCUAACAAUGCCAUGAGGAUUCUUAGAAAUACCUAGAAAGGGCAUUUGACAAUUUUUUAUUAAACUAUUUUUGUU